AGGGGGGGGGGGGGAGACUGACCUCCACAGUGUGAGGCUGCACAGGCCGCAGUCACCUGUCAUGACUGCUCCUCAUUUGUUGCUGAAAUCUGGAGGCUGUGUUUCGCUAAAGAAGAGCCAGUGCUGACUCAUAUAUCACUCUCUUUCAUCACUCACACCAUUCUCACAUCGCUCUCUCUCGCUUCUCACUUCGUCGGCUCGCCGGUCUCCACAGGCACGCGCGGCUUCGGUGGCUACCAGGCUCGGCACGCUGUCGGGGACAGGCCGAUUCCCCCAUCCCAGACCCCUUACAACGGAACAGGCAAUCGAGAGGGUCAUUCGGAACAGAACCCGGUGCCACGGGGGUGUGGGCUGUGCUGAAGUGCGCACUCCUUAGGGGCCCUCUGUGCGUGGGAUGUCCGAGGCAGACUCUGUGGGUGGGCUGGGGCCAUGCCCCCAGGUGUUUGUGGUAGACAGCCAGGCACCCACGGCACAUAUGCCUGUCAGGGCGUCCCCUAGAGCGGGCAGACAGUCUCUCUAUGCUCUCUACCUACUGGUGGCCCUGGCGCUGCUGGGCAUCACAAUAGAAGCUGCCUUCAUCUCCCAGCUCUACCACAGGAAGCCUGAAAUGCAGGCAUCUCCACACACCCAUGAAACUGCCCAAAGGAUUGGGAAAAAGAAACACCAAGGCUCAGAUGAUUUAAAUGAAAUUCCCCCAUUAUUUGCCAAGACAACUAAGAAGCUCAAUCCAGCUGCCUUUCUACAGCAGGGUAUGGGUGUAGUGGCGCGUGGCGACGGCGUGAUGGAGUGGCAGACAGAGGGCUUGUCUCCGUUCCUGAGAGGCCUGCAGUAUAAUGCCGGUGCUCUGCACAUCCACACAGAGGGCUUCUACUACAUCUACUCCAAGGUCUGCUUCUCAGAGAACUGCUUCCCCUUCAAGCACCAAGUGAUGCGUCGCUCACCACGCUACAGCUACGCCCCCACCAACCUCAUGGAGAGUCUCAGGUACAGCUGUGUCGAGUCGGAGGACACAGAGCAGGCUGACGUGGGGAACAGCUACCUGGGAGGAGUCUUCCACCUCUAUAAAAACGAUAGCGUGUACGUGCAGGUCAACAACGGCAGUCUGCUGAGAACUGGGGUCUAUGACAACUUUUUUGGUGUCUUCAUGAUUUAGGUGCACACACACACACACACACACACACACACACACACACACACACACACACAAAUACACACAUCAUUCAUCCAUCUUAUAUUUGGAUAUUUUCUUAUUUUGAUUUAUUUUUAUUGUAAAUUAUUUUACCAUAGUUUUUUGAUUAAACAUUGUCAUUUUAUUCAAAGAAUAAAUAAUUCUUCCCAGUGUGAAAGGCACCUCUGGCACACUCUCGAUAUAAAAACAUAAAAUGCCUUUAUUAACACGUUUAAUACACGUUUAUUACAGGUUUAACACGUUUAACACACCUGAGUGGUAAGUACUGCAACGGUCAGCCCGUUGGUCUGCUGUGAGUGAGAGGUUUGCUCAUAAUCUCAAAGUUAAUCCUGGAGCACAUCUGUUCUUGUUUCAGUAAUUCCUUGUGUCAUCUGUAACUGUUCAUUCAUAUUAUAUUGCGUAUAAUACCCUAUUGCGUAUAAUACGCAAUAUAAUAU